UACAUCAGACAUGGAUUUUUCACUUAUACAUCUAGUACUCCGGUUUCGUUUGAGAUCAGGACACCACAGGGCCAAUUCAUCCCUUUCCCCCUCCUCUGCACACUCCCGGCCCUCUCUCUCUUCCUUGCAACCUCUCAAUCCAUCACCACCUAAACAUAGCAAUCUGCCAAUCUCUCUCUCUCCUGCUUGCGCGCGCGGGAACAACGCUGGAAUGCUAGGCGCAUCUCGCAUCACCAGGAACACGGCGUCGAGAUGAGCGGCGGCGGCGACGGCGACAGGGAAGCCUUCUUCCACUGCCUGGACCGCGUGCCAUCCGGCAUUCACCUCGACGCCGACUUCCCCUCCGACGAUGAUGACGACGACGACGUCCGCGUCUCCUUCGCCUCCGCCAUGGGCGACCAGAGCUUCCAGAGCUUCCGCAGGUACCAGACCGCCGUGCUGGAGGAAGAGGACGAGGAGCAGGAGGAGGCGGAGGACCCGUCCAAGUACGACAUGUGGAUGUCCGACGAGCCCAUGUCCAUCCAGGAGCGCCGCCGCCGCCUGCACCAGGGGCUCGGGAUGGCCAGCAGCCGGGACCUCGCGCUGCGCCGCCACAGCAUGAAGAAGCGCCCGGCCGACAUGCCCCGGAGCAUGUCGCGGAGCGUGUCCAGGCAGCUGACGCCGGCAUCGGCGCCGAUCCCGCCCGCCGCCUCGGCCGCCAACGCGCCAAGCACCGCGGCGGCGCAACCGGUGGCCGCCGCGCCGCAGCCGGCGAAGAAGGCCAUCACGAGGCGCCGCUCGGACAGCGACCUUGUCGCGCGAGACGGCGCGUCGGUCUCGGGAAAGCCACCGUCGCCGCCUUUGCGGCGUGUCCGUUCCUUGCCGGCGCGGCACGACGCCCGCGACAGCGCGCCCCUCGAGAGACCUCAAGCUGUGGCUUCACGUGAGCUGCCCGUCGUGCCACUACCGGCAACAUCGCCAGCGGAUAAAGGCGGCAAAGGCGACGGCGGCGACGGCAAGAAGGGCGACGCCGACGGCAAGAAGGGCGACGACGGGGACAAGAAUCAGGACAGCGAGAAGGAGGCAGCCGCCGCCGUCGCCGCCACACCCAAGGACGCUUCGUCGAACACCCAGACCGGCGUGCUGGGGCUGGAGGAGUUCGAGAAGUUCAUCGGCAACACCCCCAUCAUGAAGCUCAUGCGGCGCGGCACGAGCCAGCACCAGCCCGCGCCGCCGUCCGCCGGCGUGCCGCCCAAGGCCGAGAAGGCGGCCAGCAAGAAGAAAGGCGGUUGGCUCAAGAACAUCAAGUCCGUGGCCAUCGGGUUCAUGGGGGACAAGGACACCAACGCCAAGGCGACGGCGUCCACGGCGGCGUCCACCGUGCCCAAGUCCCUCUCCACCAACGCCUCCGCCGCCGGCGCCGCGCCGCCGGCCUCGUCGUCGGAGCGGCUCAAGGUGCACCAGUACGGCAAGUCGAGCAAGGAGCUCACGGGGCUGUACAUGUGCCAGGAGAUCCUGGCGCACGAGGGGUCCAUCUGGAGCAUCAAGUUCAGCGCGGACGGCCGGUGGCUGGCCAGCGCCGGCGAGGACAGCGUGGUGCGCGUGUGGCAGGUGGUGGAGACCAACGCGCCGCCGAGCUCGCUGGCGCUGGAUGGGAAGUCGGGCCCACUGGCGCCGCUGCCGCCGGUCCCGGGCGACGGGUCGUCGACGACGCCGGCGCUGUCGAAGAAGUCGACCAAGGGGAAGAGCGGCAGGGACGCGCUCCCCGAGCACCUCGUCAUCCCCGACAAGGUGUUCGCGCUCGCCGAGCAGCCGGCGUGCGUCCUCGAGGGACACAAGGACGACGUGCUCGACCUCACCUGGUCCAAAUCCGAUCAGCUGCUGUCGUCGUCGAUGGACAAGACGGUCCGGCUGUGGGACACGGAGAGCAAGGCGUGCCUCAAGACGUUCACGCACAGCGAUUACGUGACUUGCAUCCAGUUCAACCCGGUGGACGACCGGUACUUCAUCAGUGGGUCGCUGGACGCCAAGGUACGCCUAUGGAGCAUCCCGGACCGGCAGGUCGUCGACUGGACUGACCUCAACGAGAUGGUCACCGCCGCCUCCUACACCCCUGAUGGCCAGGGCGUGAUCAUCGGCUCGCACAAAGGGAGCUGCCGGUUGUACAAGACAACAGGCUGCAAGCUUAGUGCGGAGGCACAGAUCGAUAUCCAGACCAAGAAGCGCAAGGCGCAAGCGAAAAAGAUCACCGGAUUCCAGUUUGCUCCGGGGAACCCUGCCGAAGUGCUGGUCACCUCUGCCGACUCGCAGAUCCGUGUCUUCGAUGGCGUGACCAUGGUCCAAAAGUUCAGAGGCUUCAAGAACACGAGCAGCCAGAUCACGGCGGCCUACACCUCGGACGGGCGGUACGCGGUGUGCGCGAGCGAGGACUCGCACGUGUACCUGUGGCGGACGACCCGGGUGCCGCCGGCCGCCGCCAUCGGCAUCGGCAUGAAGCCCAAGACGUGGUGCACCAUCCGUUCUUACGAGAACUUUUACUGCAAGGACGUGUCCGCGGCGGUGCCGUGGACGCACUCGCCGUCGCCGCCGGGCUCCGGCGACGGCAGCCCAUCCGGCGGCAGCCCGGCGUCACGGGACAAGCAGCAGCAGCAGGGCGCGUCCUGCAACGACGAGUCCUGCAGCGUCGCCGCCAAGCCGGAGGGCGGCGAGCCGGGCGGCGGCAAGGGCGACAGCGGCAACGCGUGGGGGCUGGUGGUGGUGACGGCGAGCUUGGGCGGGGAGAUCAGGGUGUACCAGAACUUUGGCAUGCCGUUCAGGAUCAAAGGCCAGGGGAAUCUCUUCUACUGAUCAGAUCACUGGCGCGUCGCCGGCGCCGGACGAUUAACGAUCUGCGCGCGAACGAAACCGCACAACAUCCUUUUUGGCCAUUGGUGACAUGUGAUUUCCAUCGAUUUUCGUGUACAUGGUUCGUUCUGUGUUUGUAGCUAGGAAGUGCUCCAAUAGAAUCGUAGAUGCAAAAAUUCAAAGUGAGGUGGGAUUUGUAAUUUGUACCAAAAUUAGCAAAAUCAAACAAGAAGGCCACAGAUCUGUAAUCCGAAAAUUAA